UGAAGACUCUGGAAUGAGAUGAGAUCAGAGCCGAGCCUGUCUUUUGUGGCCUGCACAAUGAUCCCUGAGCCAGACUGGAUUAGGAAACCUCUCGACUAGGGCUUCAGAGCGAGGCUCCCAUCCCCAGCACUUUGGGGAGAGACGGCAGACACGAUGCAUCAGAUUUACAGCUGCAGUGACGAGAAUAUAGAAGUUUUCACCACUGUGAUUCCUUCCAAGGCAUCCAGUCCAGCCAGAAGAAGAGUCAAAAGCUCUCAACACCUCUUGACCAAGAAUGUGGUGAUCGAGUCGGACCUCUACGCGCCCCGGCCCCUGGAGCUGCUCCCGCAUGGCGGUGACCGCCUCCACGCCCUCGACGGCCAGGCCCGCAGGUUCGGCAGGCUCCAGAACGCGCGGCAGCAAGGGCCCCACUCCGCCAAAACCCCCGCCAGACCCGUGGGGCUUUCGGAUCCCAAAUCAUCCAAUCUGUGUGGGAACCGAGCAUAUGGAAAAUCUUUGAUUCCCCCAGUCCCCCGGAUUGCAGUGAAAGCCCCAGCGGCAGUGGAGAACGGUGAAAACGGUGCUGUUGUGACAAGGGGCCCCAGCAUCCUCCGGAAAAUGUGGAUGAAGCACAAGAAGAAAUGCGAAUAUGUGGGAGCUACCAACAGUGCCUUUGAGGCUGACUAAAGGUGACCCUCCCCAAGUGCCUUGCAUUGGCCAAGGUUCACUGGGCAAGGUGAGAAAACUUGGGGAUGGGUACUGAUCCACGUUCACUUUUGCUGCUAGCUGGUCGGAGCAUUAUCCUCCCUUUCUAACCAGUUGCCCUGGCUUAGGGCACAGGAAAGGAAUUCCCCUUGGAGGCAAAAUAAAACGAUUCCUUCUUAGAAUUGC